UCCGCAGUGCUAGGCGGCUAACAGCUAGCUCCGUCCGACGCCAUUAGUCGGAGAAAAGCAGCGCUUCGGUUCGGUUCUUUCCCGGGUCUGGUUCCGUUCGGUCCGGCCUCCCUACUCCCGCUGAGGCCACACACCGACCACCGGCCGGUUUCCGAGCGCUGUCGAGGCGUCCCUCUUGAUUUUAGCCGGUUUUCGGGAGUCGGAAGCCGAUGUGAGUUCCAGUUAGCGGCGGUUAGCAUUAGCAGCUAGCUUGUUUUGAUAAAGCCCCGGAUCCGAGCGACCGACGGCGGCCAUGGCGGCGGCGGCGGCGGCGGCUUCGGGCGUCCACAGCGGCAAGACGUACUCCUUCAAGGUGGUGCUGCUGGGGGAAGGCUGCGUGGGGAAGACGUCGCUGGUGCUCCGGUACUGCGAGAACAAGUUCAACGACAAACACAUCACGACUCUACAGGCGUCUUUCCUCACAAAGAAGCUCAACAUCACAGGAAAGAGGGUGAACUUGGCCAUCUGGGACACGGCGGGUCAGGAGCGUUUCCACGCUUUAGGUCCCAUCUACUACAGAGACUCCAAUGGAGCCAUCCUAGUGUACGACGUUACAGACGAAGACUCCUUCCAGAAGGUGAAGAACUGGGUGAAAGAGUUGAGGAAAAUGUUGGGGAACGAGAUUUGUUUAUGUAUAGUAGGUAAUAAAAUUGAUUUGGACAAAGACAGACACGUUUCAGUGGAAGAGGCUGAGAGUUAUGCAGAGUCGGUGGGAGCCAGACACUACCACACGUCGGCCAAGUUAAAUAAAGGCAUCGAGGAACUUUUCCUGGAUCUCUGUAAACGCAUGAUGGAAACGGCUCAGGCCGAGGAGAGGAUAAAGGGCAACGGCUCCAGCCAAUCAGCAUCCAGUAGGCGGGGCGUCCAGAUCGUGGACGACGAACCACAGGCCACGCCGGCCGGCGGCUGCUGCUCAUCUGGCUAAACGCUAACGCUCCCUUCGCUUCCAGUCAUUAUAUCCACACACACAUUUAUCUGUUCGCUCAGCGCCGCCGCUGCUGCUGCUGCUAAGGAUUGUGGGAAAUUAAUCUGUCUGAUCCUCCAAAAUAAAAGAGUCGUCGUGAUUAAAGCGAGCGCUUUUUUAGCACUUUGAUUAUUAGAAAUAUCCGCAGCUGUUCCGUGUUUCAGACUAAAAACGUGUUAAUAAGAGUAGUUCUGGAGACGCGACAGGGUUUAAUACACACAAACACACAAUAAACAAACACAUAAACACACAGUAAACAAAUAAAAACAUGUCUGAGGAGGAGCACACUGGAGCUAAAGUAGCAGCGAUGCCACCUAGUGGACACUUUAGGUAAAAACAACCAAAGCAGCUGGUUCUUCAUCUACAGUUCUGGUGAAAUUACAUCUAAAAUAAGUUUUAAAAAGCUGGAAAAUUACCACAGAAAGAUACCAAAUCGCCAAAAAUAGUGCAAAAAAUACCACAAGGAAACACAAAAUCAGCACAAAAAGAGCUAAAUAGAGAUAAAAUUUACAUUGAAAGAUGCAAAGUUACCACAAAAAGUCCAAAACUACCACAAACAGACACAAAAUCAGCACAAAAAAAGCAAAAUAAUCACAAAAAGACCCCAAAUCAACCACAAAAAUAGGUAAACAUACCACCAAAGGAGGCAAAAUUUCCAUUGAAAGAUAGAGUUCUAGAGUAGACCUACUACUCUAGAACUUUCUACAGUUGGUCGUUCUCCUUUCUUCCUUCCUGUCUUUAAGUUUAGAACAUUCAGUACUAGAGACUUACAGAUCCUUGAAGUAAAUUCUGGUAAAAACUAACACCAGAUCACCACAGGAAAGGGGAAAAUCAACACGAAAAGACAUAAAAUUGCCACAAAAAUAUGCAAAAUGAUCUUAAAGAGAGGUGAAAUCAAAAGUCUUUCCAGCUGUCGGUAUGUAUACUCUUGGAACUUUCUACAAGGGAUGUUCUACUUUCUUACUUCCUGUCUUUAAGUUAGUUCCAGAAAAGUGGAAAAUCAACACAGAGACACAAAUUUGCCACAAAAAGAUGCAAAAUGACCCUAAAGAGAGGUGAAAUUACCGUAAACUACUACAAAAUGUUGUAAGGUCACCACAGGAUGUCACAACAAAAAGACGUCUGGGUUGGUUUUCCAUUAAAUUCAUUAAAUCCAUUGAAGUUACUGUAGAAAGAGUCAGCUGUUGAUGAAUUAACAUGCUAAAGAGUCAGAUCAGCUGAUUGUUUCAUGUCUGCAGGUAGUCAGGUGGAUACGGACGCUACUGAGCAUGCUCAGUGAGGCAGGAAGCAGGAAGAAGAGACUCCAGAUUAGUGAGUAUUCAGUUAAUUUAAGAGGAAAAAAGUCUAAAUAUCUGUCGUUAAGUGUCUGAACUUCAGUUUGAACUCAAAGAGAACAUUUAAAUUAAAUUAACGCAAAAUAUAACUCAAAAUUAGUUUGAAUAAUUCGCCUGAUUUUCUGUUUGUGAAUUAAAAUUUUCAGAAUAAAAGAAUAAAUAACCACAUUUACGAAACAUAAGGAUUGAACUUGUCAUUUAAUAAAAUGUCUGAAAAGUAUGAGAAAAACUUAAAAAAACAAACUAAUAUUUGUGAAAAAAAUCAGUUAAUAUGGAUUUUAAAAAAUUACUAAAGUGUAUUUUUUGAUCUGUAAUUUUUUUAAACGAAAUUUAUUUUGACAAAUCAGGGCGUCUGUGAUCGAAUAUUGUCACCAAUUUAGAUUAAACAUUCAUUGAAAUGUCAGAAAAUAGUAAAAAAAAAAAAAAAAAGUAAACAAUAGACUAAAUUAUUCAGUUUAUAAUUAAAGAAAACCAAGAAUAGCAGCAAAUUUUCACAUUAAAGGAGUUUAAAUGAGAGAAUAAUUCACAUUUUUCUGUAUUUUGUUGGUUAAUUCUGCCAAUUUAUUCCAAAAUCUAAACAUUUCUGCCCGAAUCAUGGCUGCAGCAACAUUUACUGUGUAUUUAAUCAACUAUUUCAGUUUGUAAAUUAUUAGAAUUAAAGCGUAAAAGAACUCAAAGUAACUUUUUUCUGUCUAAAAUCUAGGAGUUUAAAUGACAAAAUAAUUCACUUUUUUGUGUAUUUUGCUGCUUAAUUCUGCCAAUUUAUUCCUUUAUUUACUCCUAAAUUAAAUUUUUUAAAACAUUUUGUUGCUUAAUUUUCUUUGUAAUUGCUAAAUCUACUCAUUUUCAUCUGUUUUGUUUCUGAUUUUGAUUUUUGGUCUAAAAAUGAAAUUAAACAUCAACAUUUGUUGCCAAUUUGUUCCUUUAUUUACUCAUAAAUUAGAUUAAAUGUUGGCAUUAAAGUGGAAAAGAGCCCAAAAUUGUCUUUUUUCAUCUAAAAGCUGCAAUUUAUUCAGAUUCUCAUGAUAGAAAAUGAAGAAAAGCAUCAAAUUUUCACACUAGAGAAGCUAAAAUCAGAGAAUAAUUCACAUUAAUUUGAUAUUUUCUGUUGAUUAGUUGCAUUUCUGAUUGAUUUUUAGACUAAUGUUUUCGCUCAGCUCUGCUCCUCUUCCUUCACAUCACAAUUAUUUGGUUUUUCUAACAAACAAAAACACAAAACUUCACAUUUAAAACAGAGAAAUGAUUGGGUGCAUGUUUGGUUUCUGUAAACGGCUUUGUUUGUCUUUUAAAAGAAAUAAAAGCAGCGGUUAUUUAAUAAGUUAUAUUCCCGUGGCGGUGAUGGAAACUCUCUCUGUGUACUUUUACUGUCGUUUCUCCUCAAUUAAUCUCUGCUUUUACUGCAAAACGAUGUACAAAAACUACAAAACAAAAGAAAAGCCUGGUUUUCUCUGAGGAAAACUAACAAAGAUGUGGUCAGAAAUAAGGAAAAAAAAUCAGCACACUUUUUGGAAAUGUAAUUUUUUAAACUGCUAGUGUCAAAGUCGAGAUGUUUUGUAAAGAUAAGAGAACAAUUAUAACAAUUUACACAACGCAUGACGGUGUCGCACACAUUCUUUCAGAUGUUUGUCUCUGCAAAAACACUUUUUAUUUCCCUACAUGCUCAAUAAAUAAAUAAGAUUCCAGAAUGUCCAGAAUGACUCGGAAUUUAUCUAAUGUGACAAAAAAAUGGGCAAAAAUAUCUUAAACUGUCUAAUGUAUGAAGAAUCUGUCAAAAAAUUACAAAAUAUUUGUCUGAAAUUACCCCAAAUUUGGUUAGUGUGACCAAAAUCUGUCAGAAAUGAGUCAGAAUUACUCCAAAUUUGUCUAAUCUCACCAAAAAAAUUCCAAAAUGACUCAGAAUUUGUCUGUGACAAAAGAAGUGGUCAGAACUGACUACAUUUUUUUCUGAUGUGACAAAAAAUAUUCAAAAAUUACUCAACUUUUGUCUGAAAUAACCAAAAAUUUGGCCAAAAGACUCAAAAUUUGUCAGAAAUGACUCAAAAAUUGCCCUGAAGUACCCCAGAUUUGUCUAAUCUGACAAAAAAAUUGUCUAAAAAUGACUUAAAAUUUGUCCAAAAUGACUAAUAUUUUGUGCCGAAUUACUCAAAAUUUGGUCUGUGAGAAGAAUCUGUCAAAAAUGACUACAGUUUUGUCUAUUACUAAAAAAUUGCAAAAAUGUAUCUUAAACGACUCAAAAUGUGCUUAAUCUGAGAAGAAUCUGUCAAACAUUACUCAAAAUUAGUCCUAAAUGACCCCAUAUUUGUGUAAUCUCAGUAAAAAAAUUGUCCAAAAUGUGUCAAAUGUGACAAAGAUUUGUCAAAAAUGACAGAAAAUGAUCUAGUCGAACAAAAAAUUGACCAAAAUUACAUGAAAUUUGUUCAAUAUGACAAAACACUUUUCAAAAUGGCUCAGAAUUUGUCAUAUAAGACAAAAUAUUGUCUAAAAUUACUCAAAAUGUGUCCGUGACAGAAAAUGGUCAAAAAUGACUCAAAUUUUGUUUAAAAUUAGUUGUUCGUGUCGAAAAGUUUGCCCCAAAGGACUCAAAAUGUGUCUAAUAUCAGAAGAAUCUGUCAAAAAUUAGUAAAAUUUUGUCUGAAAUGACCCAAAAUUUGGCCAAGACUCAAAAUUCAUCUAAUGUGACAAAAAUUAGUCAGAAAUAAGUCAAAAAUUGUCCAAAAUUACCCCAAAUUUGUCUAAUCUGACAAAAAAAUCAUCCAAAAUGACUCAGAAUUUGUCUAAUGUGACAACAAAUUGGUCAAAAAUUACUGAAAUUUUGUCCCAAAUGCGACCAAUGUGAGAAUAAUGUGUCCAAAAUGACUAAAGUUUUGUCUAAAAUUACUAAAAAUCUGACAAAAAUCUGUAAAAAAAAAAUCACUCAAAAUGUGUCUAAUGUGAGAAGGUCAACAAUUACUAAAAUUUUGACUCUAAAUUUGUUCCUUGACACAAAUUUGGCCAAAAAUUACUCAAAAUUUGCCUAAUGUGACAAAAAUCUGUCAAAAAUGACGCAAUUUGUCUGAAUGUGACUGAGAAGAAUCUUUCAAAAAUUACUAAUAUUUUGUGCGAAAUGGCUAAAAAUUUGUCCAAAAUCACUCAGAAAUUAUGAUGCGCCAAAAAUCUGUCAAAAAAUGCUCAAGUUUUGUCCAAUAUCACAAACAUUUUCCCCAACUGACUCAAAAUGUGGUACAUUUUGUACCUUUUAUUUUAAAAAAUUGGUUAUUUGUCACGGCUGAACUGGAUUUCAUCAACUAUGCGUUCGUACAUCUUCACAACAUUGAAAAUAUGAAGAUUUUUUUUCUCUUUAUGGGUUCUUUCUCAGAAAUGGUAAAAUUUUGGUGAAUUUAUGUUUUUAAAAAUAUAGAUAUGACUUUGAAACCUACUGGUGGGUUUUGGGGUUUGGAGACUGGAUCACAGCGCCACCAUGUGGAGGAUUUUCACAUCAUUUAGAGAUAAUUUUAGGUCUCGACAUAAACAACCUCAGCGUUCAGAAAUAAUUCACACUCAGAUUUCCUUUAAUCGUCUUUUAUUCCUGCGAGUCGUUGAUCCGUCAGAAAAAUUAAACACGGAAAAAGUUGUAAAACAAAGAAUAUUUUCUUUUUCUCACCUUCUACAAACUAAAUAAAACACAGAAAGUGGAUUUCUGCCCUCAAACUUCCAGUUUUUCUCUUUUUUAAAAGUAGGAAUAAUAAACUUUUAUUUUGAAAUGGGGCUCUGCACCCAUUUAACUGACCUCCUUUCACACUUCCCUUUUCAAAUUAAGAGCACUGCAGCUGUCAGUAACGAA